UGCUAGUAUUGUAGAUUAGCAAAGAUUCUACUUUGGAUUGGACUUCCAGAGCACAGUUACUGGAUAUCCACAGGACAGUACUGUCGAAGACUAAGACAGUACUUUCAAAUAGAAUUGGAAAGGAAAUGAGAGUGAAUUUUUGAGUGAUGCAGAGCAAGAGAAAAGGAUUGGAAUUGAGAGGAUAGUUCUGGUUGAUGAUCUCCUUUCAUGCCAACAAUAAUUUUAUAAUAAUUAUUCUGUGAUUCUGUGUGAAGCUUUCCCUGGUCAUUUGCCACCUCUUCUUGUGAUUCUGCUCCUAAAUGUGAAAACUUGGAGAAGUGAGUUUAAAAUUAUGCCAUUGAACUGGUAAGAAUGGAUCACACCUAUUGGUCCUCAUUUGCUUUAUUCAGAGCCUUGUCAAUAGCAUAAAUAACUGAAUAAACAUUUCAUUAGAACGGGGUGGAUUAAACUGAAUAUAUAGGAUCUUUAAAUUAUACCCCUUCCCACUUAUUAUUUUCACUGGAAGAGAGAUGUUGAAAUUCUAAGUAAUCCUGACUAAAGUGUAAUAUGGUUUUUAAAAAAAAGCUCAAGGUCAAAUAAGUGUGAACCAUCUGUCGAGCAUUUUAUAGGAAGGGACAUUAAAGACAUUCAUCAUUCAUGCUGAUUUUUCCUCCCAGCACUGCUGCAAAUACACAAACCACUCCAGCUCCCUUCAGAUCUACUCCAUGCUGUGCCUGAUGAACCAGCCAAGAUUAGCAGUUCACCAUCUGUGGGAAAACUUGAGUACAAAUACCUAAUAAGGUUAAAAACGAGAAGGAAUUUGUCGCCGGGGAUCUCAAACAGAAAACGCCAGUUUUGCUGUCUCUGUCUGGAUAUUUAAGAAGUGGAGCAAGGGAUUCAAUCGACUAUCCUUCCUGCUCAGACUGUGGAGAGGGAUUCAAUUGAUCAUUUGACCAAAUAGCAAGCCAGUCAUCUUACACAGGAGAAAGGCUGUUCACCCGCUCAGACAGUGGGAAUAGAUUCACUCAGUUAUCACAAUUGAAGGUACAUCAGCAAGUUCACACUGGGCAAGGCCAUUCAUCUGUUCUGUGUGUGAGAAAGGAUUCAGUUGGACCUGUGGACACACCAGUCAGUUCACACCACACCUGGUAGAGGCUGGUGAUCUGCUGAAUUUCUGGGAAAGGAUUCACUCAGUCAUUUGACCUUAUGGCUCACCAGCGAGUUCACACUGGGGAGAAGCCAUUCACCUGUUCAGUCUGUGGGAAGGGAUUCACUCAGUCAUCCAACCUACGGAGUCCCCAGCGAGUUCACACUGGGGAGAGGCCGUUCACCUGUUCAGAAUGUGAGAAGAGAUUCACUCAGUCAUCCAACCUACGGAGUCCCCAGCGAGUUCACACUGGAGAGAGGCGCUUCACCUGCUCAGUCUGUGGGAAGAGAUUCACUUGGUCAUCCAACCUACUGGUACAUCAGCGAGUUCACACUGGGGAGAAGCCAUUCACCUGCUCAGAAUGUGGGAAAGGAUUCAGUGAUUUAUCCAACCUACUGGUACAUCAGCGAGUUCACACUGGGGAGAAGCCAUUCACCUGCUCAGAAUGUGGGAAAGGAUUCAGUGCUUUAUCCAGCCAACUGAGACAUCAGCGAGUUCACACUGGGGAGAAGCCAUUCACAUGCUCAGAAUGUGGGAAAGGAUUCAGUGAGUUAUCCACCCUACUGGUACAUCAGCGAAUUCACACUGGGGUGAAGCCGUUCACCUGUUCAGAAUGUGGGAAGGGAUUCACUCAGUCAUCCAACCUACGGAGUCAUCAGCGAGUUCACACUGGAGAGAGGCCAUUCACCUGCUCAGACUGUGGGAAAAGAUUCACUGAGUUAUCCACCCUACAGAGUCACCAGCGAGCUCACACUGGGGAGAAGCCGUUCAUCUGCUCAGAAUGUGGGAAGAGAUUCACUCAAUCAUCCCAACUACAGAGACACCAGCGAGCUCACACUGGGGAGAAGCCAUUCACCUGCUCAGAAUGUGGGAAGGGAUUCACUCAGUCAUCCUACCUACUGAGACAUGAGAGAGCUCACACCGGUGAAAAGCCGUUCAAUUGCACAGAAUGUGGGAAACGGUUCACUCUGUCAUCCAACCUUCUGAAACACCAGCGAGUUCACACUGGGGAGAAGCCGUUCCUCUGCUCAGAAUGUGGGAAGAGAUUCACUCGCUCAUCCGACCUGCAGAAUCAUCAGCGAGUUCACACUGGAGAGAAGCCAUUCCCCUGCUCAGAAUGUGGGAAGAGAUUCAGUCACUCAUCCACCCUACUGGUACAUCAGCGAGUUCACACUGGGGAGAAGCCGUUCAUCUGCUUAGUCUGUGGGAAGAGAUUCACUGAGUCAUCCAGAUUGCUGGAACAUCAGCGAGCUCACACUGGAGAGAGGCCAUUCACCUGCUCAAAAUGUGGGAAGAGAUUCACUCGCUCUUCCACACUACAGAGACAUCAGCGAGUUCACACUGGAGAGGAGCCAUUUACCUGCUGAGAAUGUGGGAAAGGAUUCACUCAGUCAUCCCAACUACUGGCACACCAGUCAGUUGUUAUGAAUCCCUAGGUUUUGUUUGCUGUGGACUGUCAUUUUAAGAGAGAGAGAUUAGGAAGGUGAAUCAGUUUGACUUGCAGCUUGUUUACAUCAC